UUUAGAAACGGUCGCGCGCCGUGUUUUGAACCAGUGAUUAACAGUGCCAAUUGAAGAAUAAUACCUGAACCCUCCAGUUUACCGACCAUCGACAUGGCACAGUUAAUCACUGUGCAUCUCAACAAAUCAGACCAGCAGCCUCUGGGCUUCCGGCUGCAGGGAGGGAAGGACUUCGGCACACCUCUAGUUGUUCAAAAGGUCAAUGGCGGCAGUGCUGCAGAGCGUGCUGGUCUUCAAGCUGGCGACGCGCUGAUUCGAGUAAACAAUACAGAAGUGUACACACUACGUCACCAAGAAGCACAGGACACCAUCCGUGCUGCUGGAACCAUCCUCGAGCUAACUGUACAACGCGGUGGUAAUACUUGGCGUCCAUCGGUGACCCCUACAGGGAGCUUGCCACGCGCCGGGUCCAGGCCGUUGGGCGCGGCGCCCAUUGCCGUCACCAACACCUCGCUGAAGGCUACGCCGCAGCCGUCCCGCGCAUUUGGCUCUGGACACAACAACGUCGCCAAACCCUUCGGCUAUAUGAACGGUAGUGAUUCCGUGAAGAGUAUAGUAAAUAAGCAGUACAAUACACCAGUCAAUAUAUACAGUGACAAAACAAUCGCGGAGACCCUGUCUGCACAGACCGAGGUAUUGGCCGGAGGUGUGCUUGGUGUAAACUUCAAGAAAAAUGAAAAGACCUACGAUGCAGAAAAGAGCGCUGUGUUCAAAGUGUUGCAAGAAGAACAAAACGAUCCUGAACCAGAGCCGUCUCACUUUUAUUCGCGGGCGAGCGUGGCGCGGGCGGGUACGCCGUGCAGCCUGCACCGCACGCACCGCUCGCGGUCGCGCACGCCGCACGUGGCGAGCGGCCCGCGAACGCCGACGCCGCGGGCGCCGUCACCGCCGCCGCCUCGCACCUGCGCCGGCACGCAGACGCCGUGCCCCGAGCCGGAGCGGGCCACGCUGCCGGUGGGCUGCCACGAAGUGCUGCCCGACGGCAGAGUGGCGCUGGGCGCGCCCGCCGCCCCUCAGCCCGGCCACGACCCGCUCCCGGUCAUCAAUGACACGCCCUAUUGCUCCGAUUGUAACCGCUACAUUAUCGGCGUGUUCGUGCGGAUCAAGGACAAGAACUUGCACGUCGAAUGUUUCAAGUGUUCUACUUGUGGCACCUCACUAAAGAAUCAGGGCUACUACAACUUGAACGGAAAACUGUAUUGCGACAUUCACGCAAAACUCGUCGCUCGCCAGAAUCCACCGGCUCCAAAUCUAGAGCCCGUUACUGUACCGCCCGGUGGUCGUAUUCCCACAAAUGCAUAUUCGACUCCACUGCCACCAUUGGCUACAAACAACUAUACAAAUGGUUCAUCGUCGCUGUUCAGCCCGAAUAGCAACAUCUCGGGUCCGAAACCAUUCGGGUCUUCAAUUGGAUCAGCGUACUCUCCAUCGCUGUCGCCACGGUCGGCGCCGCUGUCGCCCGCGCGGCCUUUGGCGGCUCCAGCACCGGCCCCGGUGGCCGCGCCCGCCCUCGUCACUGCACCGGCGCCUGCGCCUUACGCUCCCACUCAAAACGUGAAAAGCAUAGUGUGGCCCCCACCAAAUCCCCCAGACAACAUAGUCUCCCCGAUCGAUAGUAGCGAACCAAAAUCAACGAAUAUUAUCGAUGAAAGCAUCCCGCAAACUAUGCAAAUAGAGAGAGAAUCAACGAAGAACAUAGAUAAUUUAUGUCAUAUAGAUAACAUCCAUCAGAAGACAACACAACAAACAUUAUCGUCUUCGAAACAGUUCUCUGAAUUUGCUUCCAGUGUUUCUUGUGCAUCAGCUACGCUAUCGGCAGGUGCUACUGCAUCGACUAAGUUAGAAUCUUUGUCCAAAAGUAAACAAUCAAGUGAAACUCAUGAAAGUACAUGUGUAAUACAAUCGUUUUCCGAAAAAGAAUCUUCAGAAAAACAAAGUGUGAAUAUUUAUCAUUCAAAGACGAGCGCACCAGUAGAAAAGUUAUAUGAAAAUACAUUGAACAACACCAAUGAAUGCGUUCAGAAUACAGAAAAAAUAGAACAUACGGCAAAUAAAUCAGAACCACUUAUUGAUCAACAAUCCUCCAAAACAGAAUCUUCCUACACAGAACAGUUUCAUAAUGAAACUAUGAACCUACAAAAAAAAAUAGAAACAUCAUCAUUUCCAACGAAUAUACAAGAUGUACAGGAAAAUAAACAAGAACCCUUAAAAAUUAACGAGAAUGAAUUUCAAAAUAAUUCUAAUAAUGAUAAGUCAUGUUAUGAAAAUAUAUCUACAAUAUCAAAUAAGGAUAACAAAAUCGAAAUUAGUAAUAACGUUAAUAUUUCCAUAAAUUCAGCUACACAAAGUGUUGUCCAGGGUACAGGUUUAAUCACGUCUAUGAGAGACGCUUUAACGACUGCACCAGACCAUCCUUAUUCACCUUUGCCAUCUUCUAAUCUAAUAAAUUCUGACACUAAGAUACCUAAUGAACUUCACAUUGACACCUCCGUCAAUAAGACACCCGACACAACAGAAAUAUCAAAUGUUCAAUUACCACAAAUAUCACAACCAUCACCCAUAUUUAUUCAACAAUCAAAACGUGGCAUUUCACCUAUUCCGCCAAUUACUAUGUAUACACCACCAGAACAAAAACAAGUUCCUAUACCAAUGCCCGAAGAAUCUCAGCCAUAUAUUCCGCCGGAUUUUAAAAUUAACAUUGAAACAAAGGUUUCUCGAGAAGAGACUUCAUCUCCUAUGGUAGAAGCAUUAACAACAGCUCCUAAUCGAUCAUUUACUCCAGUACAAAUUCCAACGAUACAGAGAGGUUCUCUUAGAGAUGCGCUUACAAUUGCUCCAGAUCAACCUUAUACUUCUCUUAACAUUAAAAACCAAUCAACUAGUUACACAUCUACUUCGUCCACUGUACAAUCAACGGUAACAGAUAUAUUAAAACCGAUUGCAACACAAUCAUCGACUUGUGUAACUAAUAAAACUCUUUCAGAAUUUUCAAAUUCUAUACAAAAUACAUGUCAAUUGCAAUCAUCAACCGAUAUGUCUGCCUUUAGACCAGUUACAAAGCAAAUAUUUCCUCCACUACAACCUGAGGAAUUCUGCCAACUUUCCAACUUUCCUCCGAUUAGUGAUGAUUUAAAAAGUAGCUUUAAGCAAUCUAUUAAUUCAAAACAGGAAACUGUAACAUCUGAAACUAUUCAACACUGUGCUGUGACAAGUAGUAUGUGUACUCAAGGUUUCUCGUCAAUUAAAAAUGCUCAAAAUUAUUUUGAACAGCUGAAUCAAAAAGAAUCUUUGUCAUCAAUAAAUAUAAGAUCAAAGUCUGGUUUACAUAAACCAGACGAUAUUCCACUUUAUCAGAAAAACUUCGAACGAUUGCCUUCUCAAAGGGGAAUUACCCCAGAAAUAUGUACUGCACCAGCAGUACUUCAGAGACCUGUUACCCCAACAACUGAUCCGCCUAAUAAAUCAAGAGACAAAUCCCUAGAACCCAAACAAAAUAUGAAUAUUGCCUCACCUCAAAUGCAAGUUUCUAAACAUCACCAAUUAAGAACUCCCGUUCAACAAACUCCUAAUCAAUUCUGUCAUAAAGACACUCCUAUUAGUAUGACUUUCCAACCAGUUAUAGAUGACAAUCUUUUGACAAUUUCACCUGGCCGAAGUCGACCCACCACUCCAAGUUUGAUUAAUAAACCAGCGCCAAUAAUACCUCAUUAUCAAAUGAAUUUAGUAACAGUAGAAUAUUCCGCACCUGAAAGUCACUUGUAUGAACCAUCGAGUCGUGAAGCCAGUCGUUCUCCAACACCAAAGGCAAGAUCUCGUUCACCAGCACCUGGACCACCACCAAAUCCGUUGAAGGCUCAAGCCCCUCGACUUAAAGAGACGACACCACAACGACAUGGAGCGCAUUCACUUCUGACUCAAGCUACUUCAAAUUUGCGUAAAGAAAAUGAAAUGUCUCAAAAAGAGAUCAAAAGAAACACAGAGGUUUUAAAUCCAACUCAAAGUUGUAUCAGCGGUCAGCCGUUGACAACGAAGGAAGAGAAAUAUUCAAAUUUUGGGUAUAACAGAGAACAUUAUAAUAAAGGCGAUUUAAAUAUUACAGAGGAUGCAGUGGUGAAUCAAAAUUAUGGUAAAAAACAAACACAAUCCCAUAAUGUUUCGGAAUAUGGUAAUAAAACAGUACAGACAACAAGAAAAACAUUUGAAGAAUUUGAAAAGACACAAUCUGCUAAAGUUAUAGAAAUACGAAAAGGGGCCCCAUCAUCUGAAAUGUAUCAACAACCUGAAUCUAAUAUUCGGCCAUCCAAUGUCAAUUUUAAUCAAGUUUUUCCACCUCCUGUCAUAAGCACGGCAACUAUCCAACAUUCAUCUGCUAAUCUUACUAAUGAAAGUGUCGUAACUACAAGUAGAUCAAUAGAAAAUUAUCAGACAAACCCUUCGAUUUCUGGUGCUAACCAAGGUCCAGUGUGUGAUCCUACCCCAUCGACAGGUUCCAGUGUAGGAGCUGCUGCCCGUGGCAAAGCGUUUGGCGUAUCAUCUGCUCCAAAACGAGGGAGAGGAGUUUUGAAUAAAGCAGCGGUGCCUGGCUCUCGGGUGCCCCUUUGCGCUUCCUGCAAUGGGAAUAUUAGAGGUCCGUUUAUAACGGCUUUGGGGCGUAUUUGGUGCCCUGAGCAUUUCGUUUGCGUGAACGCUACAUGCAGACGUCAUCUUCAAGAUAUUGGUUUCGUUGAAGAGAAUGGCCAACUUUAUUGUGAAUACUGCUUCGAACAAUACAUCGCACCAGCUUGCGACAAAUGUCACGCUAAAAUUAAGGGUGAUUGUUUAAAUGCUAUUGGGAAACACUUCCAUCCAGAGUGUUUCAAUUGCGUCUAUUGUGGAAAAUUAUUUGGUAAUAAUCCAUUCUUCCUAGAAGAUGGUCUGCCCUAUUGUGAAGCAGAUUGGAAUGAGCUGUUCACAACAAAAUGUUUUGCCUGCGGGUUCCCUGUGGAAGCAGGCGACAGGUGGGUCGAGGCGCUCAACAAUAACUACCACAGUCAGUGCUUCAACUGCACGGUGUGCAAAAAGAACCUCGAAGGACAGAGUUUCUUCGCCAAAGGAGGUAGACCUUUCUGUAAAACUCACGCCCGCUAGAAGUCCUCAUCACAUUAUGUAUAAUUCCGACACUGUUUAUUCGACUACUACUUUUCGCCCUGUUUCUUCUUCUCCUCUGGCAGUCGAUAUUACCAUUGCACCUUCUCCACAAAGAACAAGAAAGUUGGAAACGCCCCUCCACUUUGAUGGAGGAUUGUUUUCUGACAUAAGGAGCAAAGAUGGCAAAUUACUGAGCACUGUCACGGUCGAUCGAGUACAUAGCUCGUCACGUCAUGAUGUUACAGACUCGCCUGACGUGUACCAGAAUAUCGGAUCAAAUGGAAUAAAGGAUUAUGUGGACGAUAUUAUUAAAACAGAGACAAUCACAAAUCAAGAUGUAUUUAAAGUAAAAUUUACACCAGUCCCGCCAGAAUUGGACUCCCCACGUUUGCUUACUCCUUCACAAUUUCAAACCAAUCGUGAUAGAACGCCUAUAAAUUAUAUUAAGGACAAUUAUGAGGAUUUACAAAGCUAUAAAAUUGUUAAUUCUCUAUGUAAAGAAAAGGAUAUACAUGCUGAGGUGUCAAGUAACAUUGAGAAGAGUACAGAUACCUUAAUGGUAGUCGAACCAUACAACAGGCCAUACAGCCCCCUGGCGAAUAUAGUAGUAUCUGAACAAUUAACAAAGAUUGAUAAUUACUUGCAAGAUAGUCUGAAUUUAUGCGCCGUUAGCGUGACGAUGGAUCAUAUUGCUCCUGUGCAAA